UCAGCUGCGAGAAGUCAGCUUAGCUAGCUAAGCCCGACAGAAAUGAGCGUCAAACUUUCCAUUAAAAAAAUUGUAAUUGAUGACAGACUCCCUAAUUAAAAUUUUUCAGCGUAAUGUCGCGUUUUUUUUUUAUAGGGAACUGUUGGGAUUAUUAUUAUUAUUUUUAAUCGGCUGUGUAAAGCAGUGUGAAGCCAACGCAGCUAAGAGUAGAAAAACCUGAUCAGUGUUUUGGUCGCCGAUGCUUUUAAGGUUUAGCGUUAUAAGGCAAGUAGUAUUUUAAACAAGGGCGGUGAAAACGAGAAUCCCAAGUGGACUAAGAAUGUCUGAAAUGAUUAAGGUUGAAGCAGAUGAACCUGGAGGGCGCAGUGGGGUGUCCCCCCUUCAUCAAGAUCUAAUCCAUCCGAUUUUGGUGAAAAAGGAAGAGGUUCCUGAUGAUUGGAGCUCUCAUUUGGAUCAACAGAGCACAGAACCUCCCAGAAUAAAGGAGGAAGUGGAGGAACUGAGGAUAGAUCAGAAGGAAAAACAUUUUGCUCUGAAGGGUGAAGAAGAAAAUAAACCUCCUUUAUCAGUUCUGAAAUUUAAAACUGAAGACGACAGAGACACGGAGGCCCCAACCAGUGGCUCAGCUGGACGGAUAAGGAGAGAAAAUGGAGAGGAAUGUGAUGGACAAGAAGGAGACACCUGUUCCGAUCCUUCAUGUUCUUCUCAAGAAAGUGAAAUGAUAAUAGACCACAUAGAUAAAUCAUCUAAAAAAAGUUCCAAACUGAAAUCUCAGACAGGAUCCCUUCACGGAGGAAGGCCAUUUGGAUGCAGAAAAACAUUCAAACAUGAAAUUUCUGCUACAAUGCACAUGUUGUCACAUAAUGGAAAGAUAGAGCAUAGCUGUGAUCUGUGUGGUAAAGUAUUCAAAAAAAAGAGUUCUCUUCAGACGCACAUAAGAGUCCACACUGGAGAGAGACCAUUCGUCUGUGAUGAUUGUGGUAGAAGGUUUCAUAGAAAGGCGAUUCUUAAAAGUCAUUUGGAGGUCCAUUCUGGGGAGAAGUCUUUUUCCUGUGAUGUUUGUGGUUCAGGAUUUAAAAGAAAGGAAACCCUUAAAAAACACAUGUGGACCCACUCCACGGAGAAACCAUUUGUUUGUAGUGUUUGCGGUAAAGGAUUUUCAAGACAAAAUCAUCUCAAAAGUCACAUGUGUGUUCACACAGGAGAAAAACCAUUUAUUUGUAGUGUUUGUAGUACAGGAUUUGCACUACAGCAGAGUCUAAAAACUCACAUGCUUGUUCACACCGGAGAGAAACCGUUUAUCUGCAGUUUCUGUAGCAAAGGGUUUUCCUUGCAAAGUCACCUGAAGAGUCACAUGCGUGUUCACACAGGAGAAAAGCCGUUCGUUUGUAGUGUUUGCAGGAAAGGGUUUUCUCUACAGGAAAAUCUGAAGAGACAUAUGCGUGUUCACACAGGAGAGAAACCGUUCACUUGUAGCUUUUGUAGCAAAGGAUUUUCUCAACAAAAUCACUUAGAGAGUCACAUGCGUGUUCAUACGGGCGAUAAGCCCUUCAUUUGUGGCGUAUGCAGUCAGCGAUUCUCGCGACAAGCAUAUUUGAAAAACCAUAUGGAUGUUCACACUCAACAAUUUAGUGAUAGUUAGUCUUCUACAGAAUAAACACAGUUACGUUAUAUCAACACUAUGCACCUUUCAAUGUUUUUGUUAUAUUUAAGUCAAGAUUUUGACACUAAUUUAACAGUGCACUUGUUUUACACUUUAGCCACAUUCCCCAGUCACACU